GGCGAUGACGAAACAAGCAGCGCAUAGAAAGCAUUAGCGUCACGGCGGAGAGAUUCAGAGAGAAGAGAAAGAUGGGCGGUUGGGCUAUAGCGGUGCACGGCGGCGCUGGCGUUGAUCCUAACCUCCCACUCGAACGCCAAGAAGCGGCCAAACAACUCCUCACUCGCUGCCUCAAUCUUGGCAUCGCCGCCCUCCGCGGCUCUCUCCCCGCCAUCGACGUCGUCGAACUCGUCGUGAGAGAACUGGAGACUGACCCAUUCUUCAACUCCGGCCGUGGAUCUGCGCUGACUGAGAAUGGUACGGUGGAGAUGGAAGCCAGCAUCAUGGACGGAGAAGGUCGCCGGUGCGGCGCCGUUUCCGGCGUCACCACCGUGAAAAAUCCCAUCUCGCUGGCUCGCCUCGUCAUGGACAAGUCACCCCACUCUUACCUGGCCUUCUCUGGUGCCGAAGAAUUUGCUAAAAAACAGGGAGUGGAAUUGGUGGACAAUUCAUACUUCAUCACUGAGGACAAUGUUGGAAUGCUCAAAUUGGCUAAAGAAGCCAACACAAUCCUUUUCGACUAUAGAAUCCCAUUGGAGACAACCUGCGGCGGAGCAAUGGAGAGCCCAAUAGUGAUGAACGGUUUACCGAUAAGCGUGUACGCGCCGGAGACGGUGGGGUGCGUGGUGGUGGACGGGCAAGGGCGGUGCGCGGCGGCGACCUCCACAGGGGGGCUAAUGAACAAGAUGACCGGGCGGAUCGGGGACUCGCCGCUGAUCGGCGCCGGGACGUACGCGUGCGAUCUCUGCGGGGUGUCGUGCACGGGGGAAGGCGAGGCCAUAAUCCGCGGCACGCUGGCGCGGGACGUGGCGGCGGUGAUGGAGUACAAGGGGCUGGGCCUCCAGGAGGCGGUGGACUUUGUGGUGAAGAAGCGGCUGGACAAGGGCUUCGCCGGGCUGAUCGCGGUGUCGAAUACGGGGGAGGUGGCGUAUGGCUUCAACUGUAAUGGAAUGUUUAGGGGCUGCGCUACUGAAGAUGGUUUCAUGGAGGUCGGGAUUUGGGAGUGAAUAUAGCUGAAGCUUAGCUCCAUCCGCCAUUGUUAUCAUCUCUUUGAUCUUUCUUCGCCUUUAUGUUAAUGUUUAUUUUGCUGCUUUUGCCUGCCUGCUCUUUUGUUAAUAAACUUAUGCUAGUUUAAUGAAAAUUUGCAAUGGUUUUA